CCAUGAGAAUUACUAAGUACCUCGUGGACGCUAAUGAGGUCAGCUACACUUACUGACACAUCCAUGACAUAGAGGGCCACUGAUGGAGGCUGUGGGCUUGGAGGAACCGGUUGAGCCGCCUCCUGCCAGCACACCCUACACCGCCCAGCAUGCCCUUUCCUGAGAGAGCAGGUGGGAAAUAGUUAAUGCUCAUCGGCUGAGACUCCUGGCUCUGGCACAAGCCCAGCUGCCCCUGGCAACGCUUCUCUCCUUCCUGGAGACCAGUUUCUAAGUUUACUCUCCCUUCUCCACGGGGCAAGAAGCGAGCUUUCUGUUUCUCGAAGGUUCCAAGGCGAGAGGGAAAAGGCGGGAAAUUGGCGGAAGCGUGGCUCCAAGCGGACGGAGCCAGCGUGGCGGUCACGUGCCUGGCGCGCUGCCUGCCGGGAGCUGGGCCCCGGGCGCCUGCGCAGAGGAGCACGAAGCCUUGGCGCUCCCACGCUUCUGAGGAGGCAGGUCGUGGCCGAAUCUCCCCCUCGCGAGUGGGACAAGGGGUUUGUGCCUCCAGAGUAUGAUGGCAAACCACCUCGUAAAACCUGAUUCUAGAAACUGCAAGAGGUCAAGAGAAUUGGAGCCUCAGGUGUCAGAUAGUCCACAGGUACCCUCUCUUGAAAAAUCGGAUUCUUCUUUCUCUGAAUGUUCUGGACUCCUUUAUAAAGAGGAAACCCUGGAGAAGGAUUUGAGCGAUAUGAGCAAGGAAAUUAAUCUGAUGUUGUCUACAUAUGCAAAGCUUUUGAGUGAGAGAGCAGCAGUAGAUGCAUCUUACAUUGACGAGCUAGAUGGACUCUUCAAAGAAGCCAAUAUUAUUGAAAACUUUCUGGAACAAAAAAGAGAGUUCGUAAAGCAGAGGUUCACAUUGAUUACCAACACCCUGCACAAGUAAAGUGUCUUUACCAACUGAAAGUCCAUUCCUAUUAUUGCUGUAGUCUACUUGUUAAAGAAAAUAUAUGUAGUGAACUGUAACUUUUUCUAAUUUAAAGGGGGUUUUAACAUGAACAGUAAUAUGAAGUUUGUAAUUUUUCUUUUGAGGGUCAAAUAUUUGGCACAUUAUAUAAAAAUGUAAAUUAAAAAUUACAUAUGUGUU